AUGCUCAGUAGCGUGUGCCGGCUCAGCGGCGCCCCGGAGCUUUUCCAUCGACCCGCGGUCGACGCGGAACCUUCAACGGCUGCUCCGGGCGCGACAGGAAGUGAAGCAGCCCCGCCGGGCGACAGCGGCGGGAGCAGAAACAGAGGGAAAAAGGGCGCUGCGGCGGCGGCGACGACGACAGAGGUGGCUGAGAGGGUUGAGUGCCAGGGGGACUCGUCCACUCGGAAGCCGGAUUCCGAGCCGGGCAGGAUGGAUCUUCACCAGCCAAGCACUGGCCGCUACCAGGUGCUUCACAAUGAAGACGAUAAUUUAGAGUCAUCUGCUGUAGAGCAGCCAUCAACUUCAAACUCAACCCCACAGAUUGUACAGACUGCUCCUUCAACACCAGUACUUGAAACCAACUCUUCUCCUCCACCUUACAGUAGUAUUACUGUGGAAGUACCCACAACUUCAGAUACAGAAACUUACAGUGAGUUUUAUCCUGUGCCACCUCCCUACAGUGUUGCUACAUCUCUUCCUACAUAUGAUGAAGCUGAGAAGGCUAAAGCCGCUGCAAUGGCAGCUGCAGCAGCAGAAACAUCUCAAACGAUUCAGGAGGAAGAGUGUCCACCAAGAGAUGACUUCAGUGAUGCAGACCAGCUUAGAGUGGGUAAUGAUGGCAUUUUCAUGCUGGCAUUUUUCACUGGAAGGUAUGGUGCUAUCUGUGGAUUUGGUCUUUCAUUGAUCAAAUGGAUCCUUAUUGUCAGGUUUUCUGAUUAUUUUACUGGAUAUUUCAAUGGGCAGUAUUGGCUUUGGUGGAUAUUUCUUGUACUUGGCCUUCUCCUUUUCUUCAAAGGAUUUGUUAAUUAUCUAAAAGUGAGAAACAUGUCUGAGAGUAUGGCAGCUGCUCAUAGAACAAGAUAUUUCUUUUUAUUAUAAAGACUGCAUCGACCAGACAUUCCUUACCUAUACCAAUGUGAAAUUUCCAGAUGAUCUAUAAGCUUACAACUUUAAUAGGAUAGAAGACUUCUAAUAACAGGAGAAAAAUUAGUGAAGAAAAGAUACAGCUUCAAAAUUGAAUGGCAGGGUGGUUUAUUCUUAAAAGCCAUUUCUGUUCGUUUUCUUAAAUAUUUAUAUUUCAUUUGUUUUGCACAUUGGCAUAUGUGCUAAUUUAAAAGACUUGCAUAUGUUUGGAAUAACCAUAAAGUUGAUAGCAGUAAAAUCCCAUCACAUUUGGUUAAUCAGUGUUUGAUGUAAUUGAAAGAGUUGAGUGAUAAACAGUCUUCCAGCAUGUAAAUGCCACUGAUUUCUGACCUGCCAUUUAGUAUAAUAAAUCUGAAAUUAUUAACCUUGUCAAAUGCUUUAGUUUCUGGUUCUUAUAUUUAUCUAGUAACUGCACAUAAAAACAUUCAUUGUUAUAUAUAAUGUUUAUUGAAAUCUACAAUGCCGAUCAUUAGAAAUGUUUUCUCAGAUUUUGACCAUAAUAUUACAUAUUCAGCAAAAUUUGUUCUGUAAAUAACCAUGAGUAAAUUACUGUCUCUAUUGUUUUAUUAGAAAUGUGCCUAGAUAUCUUUUCAUUAAUUUUAAAUUAAGUGAACUUAAUAUAUAU